AUGCACUCCUCGACAGUUAUCAAAUGUCUUGAUCAGAUAUUCGCCCUUUGUGGUAUGCCUAGUUACAUUCACUCGGAUCGUGGUGCCUCAUUCCUUUCACAGGAACUCAAGGAGUACUUGUCUCGACGAGGGAUAGCAACAAGCAAAACAACCCCCUACCACCCAAUUGGAAAUAGCCAGGUCGAACGUUAUAAUGGUAUUAUUUGGAAGGCUGUUCGACUUUCCCUCAAGUCAGCAAAUCUACCUGAUUCAAAAUGGGAACUGGUUCUUCCAGACGUCUUUCAUUCCAUAAGAUCACUCCUCUCUACCUCUACCAAUACCACCCCACACGAGAGAUUCUUCAACUUCCAACGACGUUCAUCUCUGGGAACUUCGCUACCAUCCUGGCUACAGAACCCGGGACCGGUCCUGUUAAGGCGUUUUGUUAGAACAAGCAAGAACGACCCGUUUGUCGACCAAGUAGAGCUAACGGAUGCAAACCCCACUUACGCCCAUGUGAAGUACCCUGAUGGAAGAGAGUCCUCAGUCUCCCUUCGAGAUCUAGCUCCUUGCCCCAUUACUCCUGUCCGGAAUGAACCACAAGAAACCCUGCCAAGCGGAGAAGUGGAAAACGGACUAGCUCCGAAUGUUCCAGAUCCCGUGGCCGCUGAUUCACAACAGGAUUCAACUACAUCGCCAACGGCUUCUGAUCCACAGCAGUAUUCAACAACGCAAGUACCUGCACUCAGACGUUCAACUCGUCAAGUUAAACCACCAUCUCGUUAUGGUUGGUAA